AUGGCUGCACUUGCGCAUUUGCCGGACCCGUUCGUCACAUUGCCGUUCCGACGGGGGAAGGAGGAAGUGCCGGAGUGGGAGUUGUGCCUGAAGUUCAUCAGCGUGCAUCACGCAAGCAACAACACGAGCAGCGUGGAGGCGACGCUGAAGCGGAUGAGUGCCCUUCACAAACUAGUUGUGCAGACUUGCCGCGCCGACGCCAAGGUCCCACCUACGGAGACGUUCAUUGAACAGACGCUGAAGCCGUACUGCCAACUUGUGGCAAUGGCCCAGGCGCAUCUUCCACUGCAUGGAGGACAGGUGCACAAGAACCUGCUCUUUGUCUGGCGCGAUAGCUUUGAUGAUAACCACAAGAAUGAGUCAAGGAAUGGUAAUCUUGAAUUAAUUUGCUGCGUGUACAACCUCGCCGCCUCAUGGGCAUACGUUGCGGCACAACAGGCAAAGAGUGGGGCAGCGGGGGAUGUUAAAAAUGCUUUUAAGGCUUUUCAGAAUGCCGCAGGGUACUAUGAAAUGGCGGAGCAGCUCCUAACCCGACUUCCACCAGAGCAUGUAAAGAAUGAUUUGACGGCGGAGGCAUUAAGUUUGCUGCGUCGUAUGUGUCUCGUGAUGGCGCACCAUUCGGCGUACCUCAAGGCAGAGAAUGAAAUGAAGGGUAACCAUCCCAUUUUGGCCAAAAUUGCGUGGGAGGGCGGAAAGCAGUACGAGGAGGUGGCAAGCUCCUUCAAGGCGAGCGCGUGGUAUACGCGGAGCAACCGGCACUCCCCCGUGGCGCUCACCGAGCAGGUGUUCUCGACGCUUGGGCUGGUCUUUUCUGCGCGCGCGCAUCUGCACCUCGCCACUUCGCUGGGGGACACAGAGUCCAUUGGCACCGCCAUCGCCCACUUUGAGAAGGCGAAGAGCUACCUGGCGCAGGUGCAAAAACUCCCCACCACAGAGCUUCGUGGUUGGAUCAGCAGCAUCGUCGCCAACGUCAACAAGGAGCACGACAAGGCAAUUGCGUCCAACGAGUCCGUCUACUUUGUGCGCGUCCCGAAGGAGGUGGAGGCCCCGAUGGGUCUUGCACGUCCUCUUGGAAAGGCCACGGAGCACCCCCGCUUCACCAGCUUUCAGUCUCGGCGUGGUGAGGAUCCAUUUUUUGGUAUUGUUCCAGUGCACAUUGCCGACGCCGUCUCAAAGUGGCGUGAUAAGGAGCGCAACCUCGUCUCUGUUUGCAACAAGUCGUGCGCCUCCAGUCGUAAACAGGCAAACGAACGGUGGCAGACGCUUGGGGUGACGGCUGCGAUUGAUGUUUUGUCUGGCGAGUCCAAGAACCGCGGAAAGAUUCCCAAGGCGCUCCGUGAGAAGAUUCAAUCCCUCCGCACGGGUGAGGAUGGCUCGACUAUAUGCCUUGUGGAGUCGUUGGUCUCCGCCUUGAAAACGUGCGACGAACUCUGGGGCGCCGCCAAGGAAAAAAUGCAGCAGGUGAAUGCGGAGUUGGAGGCGGAACGCAAGGAAGAUGAGGCCUACGUGACUGCAUACGGGGAGCGGAUGUGGCGCGGCGUGCGUCAUCCGUCAAGUGAGGCAGUGGACCGCAUUUCUAUUGAGGCGGCACUUCAGGAAUGCGAAAAUGGACUCCAGCGGUGGUUCCUAGACCCCUUCACGAAGGCCAAGGCGUUGCUGGAGGGAAGCCUUCACGGUCUCGUGCGGCUGGACUGGCCGAUGGAAGACCUGGACGCGUUGAUGCCCUUUGUGGAGACAACAGAGGCCCGCCAGCAGAGUGCAAAGGUCCUGGAACAGGUGGAUGCGCUUAAGCAGCUGAAUCAGCGGAAGGAAAGAGUGGAAGAGGAGCAGGAGGUUCGGCUGCGAGAAUUGAAUGAGCUCCUUGAGUCGGAUAAUGUGACCUUUGCGCUCUCGUCUGUGGAGGAUAGCCAGCGCGGGGCCGUCUUUGAGGGGGAGGCCCAAAAAAUCAGUGACGCGAUUGAGCGCGCCAACGAAACGAUGCGGGAGGAGGAGCAAAUCAUGGCAGAGGUGGAGCGGGUUGUGAACAGCCUCGGUCUCCUGCAGAGCUCAGAUCCCAUAAUGGAGGAAGUACAGAAGGUGUGUAACGGUCUCGAGAGCGCCUGCGCUGUUUACGCGGAACUCCGUCAGGAGUUUGGGGAAAUACUGCGCUACGCCUCCUCCACCUUGGACAGGCUGGAGUCCACGCUUUCCAGCGCCAAGUCCUUUACCGUCUCUCGCAAGUUAGAGGCGGAGGGUCUGCGCGUGACCCUUGAUGAGCAAAUCGCGCAAAAGAUUUCGGAGAUGCAGCAGAGCCAAGCAAGCGCGGACGUCAUUCAAGAUUCCCGGCUGCGCCAGGAGGAGCUCUGCAGGCAGAUUGAAUUACUCGAACAGAAACAGCAGCGGCGGGAAUCAGAGCGGGAGGAACGCAUGGCAGAAAUCUUGCGGCGGCAGCGUGAAAUGGCGGCGGCGUUUGGCCCGUUUCCUCCUCCGCGAGCAACAACCUCUGCGGAUGCGGACGCACCGCCCAGUUACGAGUCGGUAAUAAAUGAAUAUUCCUACCCACAAACGCAACCCCCGGCGUACCGUCCGCCGUAUCAUCCGCUGUAA